AUGUGCAGAGCACUGUACUAAGCGCUUGGGAAGUACAAAUCGGCAACCUGCGGCUCCUUUUCCUCGGGAAAGCCCCGUCGGCUGUUUCGAAAGAGCCAUGGAAGCCAGCCCUCCACCGGACCUGCGGGACAUCGAGCUGAAGCUGGGGCGCCAAGUGCCCGACAGCCUGCUGCGCUCCCUGCGGGGGGAACGGCCUGCGGUCCGGGACGGGGAGAAGGCCAAGGAGCCGGGCGGCGGCGGCUGUGGCGGUGGCUUCCCUCCCUCCUCUUCAUCUUCUUCCUCCUCCUCCUCUUCCUCCGCCGCCGGCCCCGCGCGACGCAGCGACCCGAGCGCACUGGAGAGGUUGGAGACCAAGCUGCGCCUCCUCAAGCAGGAGAUGGUUAAUCUCAGAGCCACUGAUGUGCAGCUCAUGCGCCAAUUGCUCAUCAUCAAUGAGAGCAUUGAAUCCAUUAAAUGGGUGAUUGAAGAAAGGGGCACCAUCAUGAGCCGAGGCAGCAGUCUGAGUGGUAGCCUAUGCAGCCUGUUGGAGAGCCAGAGCACCUCAAUUCGAGGGAGCUCCAAUAGCUUACAAGACUACAGUGAUGGACUGGAUGGCAUCUCAGUGGGAAGCUACCUAGACACUUUGGCAGAUGAUGUUCCCGGUCACCACACCCCAUCAGAUUUGGACCAGUUCAGUGACUCUUCCCUAAUAGAUGACACACAGACAAAAACGAAGCACCCCAAAAUAGAUUCCGACUACUACUGCUUUGGCUAAUGAAAAAGACAUUCGUGUGGGACUGGUGUGGAAAUGAUGUGUAUUUAUCUUCUUUCUUUGCUGCUAUAUAUUUCCAAUAAAAAAGCCACGUUUUCAUUGGAAAUUUUUUUCCAAGAUGCUUUAAGACACUCUCUUACUCCUAAUAUGUGUUAUCUGAAUUAUUUCCUCUGCAAUCUUCAUUUUUAAUUUAUUGCCGUGAUUCCCUCUUUGAUCUUUUACAAUUCAAUUGUAACAUUAUAAAACAAACUCUCAACUUUGUUUAUAAGACAAGGAUUCAGGGAUUGCAAGUGAGAAUUUUGCUUAAGCUAGGUAAAUCAAAUGCUGAUGUCAUUUGCCAUUCAAAUCAAUGAAUAAUUCCAAUUAUUUUCUUUUAGCUAGCAAUUCUUCAGUAAAGUCCUCCAAGAAUGUUUUCUAUUUUUUGCCUUGUACCAAAUUGGCCAAACCUUCAGCAAACUGAGAAACUGUUUUUUCCAGGUUAAAUGAUCUCACUGUUAAUUUCUCUUCUUGUAUGGUGGAUAUGGUCCUUGCUGUUCUCUCUUUUAUGCAUAAGGUCCAUUGGUUUUAAAUUAUGCAAAGGCUUGGAAGUGUAUUUGGAAACACCCUAACAUGAUAUGCAGUCAGAUGAUAUGCAUUUUUUUCAUGUGGUGCAUUAACUUAAUUUCCUCUGAAGAGUCAAUACCAAUGUAAAUACUGCAGAUGUUAUAAAAUGAUAGCCUUUAUUCAAAA